UUCUCUGCUUUGUUCAAGGAGGAGAAACCACCGUCCCCCACUGACAGAGUCUCGGAAAGAGAGGAGAAAAUUAACUCUCCAAGAAAAGGGCGGACCUCACCUCAAACUCUGGUAAUGGCUACUCUUAAGACUAAACAGUGUCUAAACUUCGUAACUCGAUUCAUCAACUCUCGAACUCCACCUUUUCAUUACAAAAAUACCCGCACUCUCCAAACCCUAGCUUUCGAAGAAAUCCAAUCUUCACCCAACAAACCUGACGCUCCUACAGCUUUCAUUCUCCACGGGCUCUUAGGUUCUGGUCGCAACUGGCGUUCUUUCUCUCGCAAUCUCGCUUCCUCUCUUUCUGAGUGGAGGAUGGUGCUUGUGGAUAUGAGGAACCAUGGCAAAUCUGUUGAUAUAGAGGGAUUAGACCCACCUCAUAAUAUGUUUAAUGCGGCUAUGGAUGUGGCUAAUUUGGUGAAAGAGAAAGGUUGGGAAUGGCCUGAUGUUGUUAUUGGUCAUUCUAUGGGAGGCAAAGUUGCUUUGCAAUUUGCUGAGAGCUGCACUCGUGGUGAUUAUGGUCAUUCUGUUUCUUUUCCUAAACAGCUGUGGGUACUGGAUUCUGUGCCUGUAGAAGUAAGUCCUGAAUAUAGUGAUGGAGAAGUUGAAAAAGUUUUGAGGACCUUGCAUAGUUUACCCUCACCAAUCCCAUCACGAAGCUGGCUUGUGAACCACAUGAUUCAACUUGGUUUCUCAAAAUCAUUAUCAGAAUGGAUUGGAAGCAACCUCAAGAAAUCUGGAGAGCAAGAGAGUUGGGCCUUUGAUCUCAAAGGUGCUAUCCAGAUGUUCAACUCUUACAGGGAGACUUCAUAUUGGUCUCUACUGGAACAUCCACCAAAAGGAAUGGAGAUAGGGCUAGUAGUUGCAGAGAAGAGUGACCGCUGGGAUCCAGAUUUAAUUCAGCGACUUGAAAGCCUUUCUAGCCAGACCGGGGAUGAAUCUGAGGGGAAGUUCUCGCUUCAUGUUCUUCCAAAUUCAGGGCACUGGGUUCAUGUGGACAAUCCAAAGGGACUUCUUGAGAUUGUGACUCCCAGGAUGGCUUCCCUUUCGACAUAAUCGUAUGGAUUUUAGGUUGUGAUUUGUAAGUCAGAUUUGCUACAAAAGUAUGAUCAAAUUACCAGUAUUCCAGAUCAUUUGGAUAGUACUGAUUUUUUCCACUGUGAUGCAACAGGUUGAUUUUUUCUAGUCAUGCUUGAACAAUAUGAAUAAUUGAUCUUUUCUUCGCAAGUACAUGUUUUGGAAUGGUUAAGUGCCUAAUAAAAAACAACCAUAACGGAAGGCAAAUUCCCUGUAAUAUUUGCUUCCAAUUUUUCA